AUGCAAACGCGUCGAUCAGAGCUGAUCUCCAGAUAUGACUUCAUUUGGAAAUUACAGGCAUUGGACGAGCAACUUGAAAUGAAGAGACGACACGCACAGAACCGAUCCGUGCUGGAGAACAUACUACCAAGUCAUGUGGCUAAACAUUUCCUGGAGGACAAAGUUAGCAGCAAGUCGAAAGAUCUCUACCAUGAAGCGAGAGACAAUGCUUGUAUAAUUUUCAUCACAAUAACGGACUUCAGUCGAUUCUAUAUGGAGCUGGAUGCGAACAACGAAGGUGUCGAAUGCUUGCGCUUAUUGAAUGAGAUCAUUUCCGAUUUUGAUGAGCUGCUUGACAGAGAUGAGUUCAAGUGUAUAGAGAAGAUAAAAACUAUCUCAACGACUUACAUGGCUGCCAGUGGACUAUGCGGUAAGACCGAAGGCAACUCACACGUGGUGGCUGUCGCCCGUUUUGCCCAGCAACUGCUCGACAAAAUCCAAGCCAUCAAUGAGCACAGUUUCAACAACUUCGAUCUACGAAUUGGUAUUAACGUUGGUCCUGUGGUGGCUGGUGUAAUAGGUUUAAUGAAACCGCAUUACGACAUUUGGGGCAAUUCAGUGAAUGUCGCUAGCCGUAUGGACUCCUCAGGUGUUCCCGGAAAGAUACAGAAGGAAGGCUUCGAGUUCGAAUGUCGGGGAGAGAUUAACGUGAAAGGCAAAGGUCUAAUGACCACCUAUUUUAUGAAGACGACUGAACAACCACACAAGCAAACAGAACUGUUUAGCUAA